AUGUUAGAACGAAUCCAGCAGCUUGCCCGCCAACUAAACUACCCCAAGGGCCUCUUGGACUGCCAGGUGGUCAUCAUCACGGGUUCCGGCCAGGGCAUCGGGGCCGAGUGUGCGCGCUUAUUCGCCAAUGAGGGCGCCAAGGUAGUCGUAUCGGACAUAGACGCCGCCAAAGCCGAGGACGUAGCAGCCAAGAUCAGAGCCAACGGAGGCGAGGCGCUUGCUGUCGCAGGAGACCUGCUCAGGGACGAGUGCAUCAAGGAGCUGGUGAAGAAGGCAGCCGAGUUUGGCAACGGCAAGAUCCACAUCAUCGUCAACAAUGCCGGCUUCACAUGGGAUGGCGUCAUCCACAAGAUGACGGACAAACAAUGGGACACGAUGCUCGCCAUGCACGGCACGGUGCCCUUCAAGCUCGUCCGCGAGGCAGCCCCUUACUUCCGCGUCAAGGACGGCGAGCCGCGCAACAUUGUCAACAUCUCGUCCACCUCGGGCCUGCACGGCAACGCGGGCCAGUUGAACUACGCCAUGGCCAAGGCGGGCGUCGUCGGCCUAACCAAGACGAUAGCAAAGGAAUGGGGCCCCGCGUUCGGUGUCAGGGCCAACACGGUCGCCUUUGGCCACAUCGAGACGCGACUGACUGCGAACAAGGAAGCCGGCGCGUUCGUUGAGGUUGACGGACACAAGGUACCACUGGGGAUCCCAGAGAAGCAGAAGAAGGCCGCUGCUGCUAGCGGUGCCGUCCCGUACGCCGACAUCCCGCUCAGGAGGCCUGGGACGGCGACCGAGGCCGCGAGUGCCGUGUUGGCGGUUGCGUCGCCGCUGAGUUCGUAUAUCAGCGGGCAAACCAUCAGCGUGACAGGCGGCAGGAAUAUGUAG